ACUUUUCAAAAUUUCAAGUUUUAGUGCUCCAAACACGUGCAAAUAAAAAAGAAAAAAAAAACAAAAACCCAGCUUUUAAAUCUCUCUACAUAAACAAAUGUGAACUUGUACCCAAAGGGUCGUAGUUUGAGCAAGCAGCUUCAUCUUUGGAACAAUUAGCAAAGAAUCGAAGCAAACCCAGAACAGCAACACAGAUUCUGAGAAGAAAUUGAAAGAAAACAAAAAAGAUUUGAUUAAUCUUUGAUUGAAGAUUGAAACAAGAGUCAGAGUCAAACAAAAUAUGAUGAGUAGUGAAGAAUUGGUAUUACCAGCAGGAUUUAGAUUCCAUCCAACCGAUGAAGAAUUAGUGGUUCAUUAUUUAUGUCGCAAGUGUGAUUCUCAACCUAUCUCUGUUCCUAUUAUUGCUGAUAUUGAUCUUUAUAAGUUUGAUCCUUGGCAACUUCCUGGGAUGGCAUUAUAUGGUGAGAAAGAGUGGUAUUUCUUUUCUCCAAGAGAUAGGAAAUAUCCAAACGGGUCAAGACCGAACCGGGCAGCUGGAGGCGGGUAUUGGAAGGCAACCGGAGCGGAUAAAGCGAUAGGAAAACCGAAGACACUUGGUAUCAAAAAAGCUUUGGUAUUUUAUGCUGGAAAAGCUCCAAACGGUAUUAAGACUAAUUGGAUUAUGCAUGAGUAUCGCCUUGCUAAUGUUGAUCGUUCAGCUGGCAAGAGAACUAAUCUAAGGGUAAUUUUCUUUUUCUCUUUACUUUAUUUAAUUUUGUACGUUAUCUGAUUGGAAUAGAAGUAGCUUUAAAGGCGAAAAUGAGGAUUGCGAGACUUUUAAGUGAUACUUCACUAGAGCUGAGAAUUAAUGGUAGAAUUUUGAUAAAAUAUGCUUAUUCUUUUAUCAUGACGAUAUUUUUAACGGCCCAAUAAGUAGGUGGUAAUAAAUGGUGGUAAUGAAAAUGAAAAAUUAGUGUAAUUUAGGUUGAAAAAUCUAUACGCUACCUUCAUGGUAACGCUUGUUCAACUUUAUUCAUCUCAUUUUCUAUUUUUUGAGAUAAUAUUCUUUUAGAUUUAGAUAUGGGGAAUACAAAAGUUGAUGAAAUAAGUUAUAUCAAUUAAUUUUAUGUCUCCAAAAUUGCAUAAUUAUA